AUGGAUCCUCUAAUUGCUUGGUUUUGUCAAUUCAUGAUGUCACCUCGUAUGAAGGAGAGGCUAAAGCAACAAAUGUUGAUUCCCCUAUGGAAGUACGAAGCCAGAGUUCGAGAACUAGAUAUUGGUGUUGAGGAUCUCAAGAAGAAGAGGGCUGCAGUUCAACAUAGAGUUGAGGAGGAAGAAAAUCGAUAUGGAAGAAGAAUCACCGAUGAAGUUAAAAAAUGGAUAGAAGGGGUGGAUAAAAUAAUCUCUGAAUGUGAGGAUUUUCAUGGGGACGAGCGUUGUAAACUUGCAUUGUUUGAUUUGUUUACAAGUGGUUACCUUCCCAAGUUAGGGAUAAGGUAUCAUUUGAGCACAAAAGCAUAUGAUAUUACAAGGAAGAUUAAUGGACUUUCACAAACAGCAAAGCAUGAUACGCUUUCUUAUUGGUUUGGCCCACCCUCCAUGGCUGCCUUUUUUUCUAUUGUUGGUUAUGAAAGCUUUCCAUCAAGAGAUGAAAUUAAGAAAAAGAUUAUGGCAGCAUUGAAAAACCCGAAUGUUAGAAUGAUCGGACUUCAUGGGUUGAGUGGUGUGGGCAAGACCAGUUUAGCCAAAAAAGUGGCUCAGGAAGCGUUGAAAGAUAAGAUGUUCAAUGUAGUGGUCAUGGCAAAUGUAACAAGAAAUGCUGAUAUAAGAAAGAUUCAAGGACAAAUUGCUGACAUGUUGGGGAUGAAAUUGGAUGAAGAAAGUGACAUUGCAAGAGCUGCUCGAAUACAAAAGAGAUUGAAGAAUGAGAGAGAGAGCACACUUAUAAUCCUAGAUGAUCUUUGGGACAAAUUGGACUUCAAUAUGCUCGGGAUUCCAUCUGAGAAUGAUGACGAAGGUGGCCUGAAGAACGUUAAAGAAGAAAAACCCCAUGGAGCUCACAAUACAAUGAAAACUGAAACUUCAUCCGAAAAGCCAAAAACAGAAGAAGCUUUCAAUAUGAUGAAGUCUGAAAAUAUCCUCGAUGCCACCGAUGUUGUGAAAAUAGAAGAUACUCUUAGUCGUUAUAAGGGUUGGAAAAUGUUGCUCAUUUCUGAAACCAAACAAGUGUUAUCAAGUCAGAUGGAAGGGAGGGAAAACUCUAUUUUCUCUGUGGAUGUCUUGAUGGAAAAGGAAGCACAGGCACUGUUCAAGAAAAAAGCUGGAAUAGGUGAUACGGAUUCUGUAUUUGAAAAAUUAGCAGCUCAAAUUGCCAACAAGUGUCAAGGGUUGCCUAUGUCAAUAGUUACAACUGCAAGGGCUUUGAAAAAUCAGAGCCGCUCGGUGUGGGAGGAUGUCAACCGAAAGCUUGAAUGGCAAAAGUUAACAGGAGCGCCUGAGUUCUCUACAAAGUUGAGUUAUGAACUUUUAGAAAAUGAGGAGCUCAAGUUUACUUUCUUACUUUGUGCUCGCAUGGGUCCUGAUGCAUUAAUUAUGGACUUGAUAAAAUACUGCAUUGGUUUGGGUUUUCUACAAGGAGUCUACACUGUAAGGGAAGCUAGAGAUAGAGUAUAUGUUUUGGUUGGAAAGCUAAAAGAGUCUGGUUUGUUGUCUGAUAGUUAUUCAAAUGAUUAUUUCACCAUGCAAGAGAUUGUUCGCAGUGCAGCUUCGUCAAUAGCAUCCAAGGAGGAGCAUGUAUUUACACUGACAAAGGGGAAAGUAGAUGAAUGGCCUGAAGAGGAUAAACUCAAAAGAUACACUGCUAUAUCCUUACAACAUUGUGAUAUCAUUGAGGGGUUUCCUCUAAGGAUAAAUUGUCCGAGACUUAGAGUAUUCCAUGUGAGCAACAAUGGUCCACAUCUGAAAAUACCAAGCCAUUUUUUUAAAGGAAUGAAAGAACUCAAGGUAUUGAUAUUGACUGGCUUUUAUCUAUCACCCUUACCUUCAUCAAUUACAUGCCUUACAAAACUCAGAAUGCUUUGUUUGGAGCAUUGCAUGCUGGGUGUGGAUUUGUCCAUCAUAGGUGAGUUGAAAAAGUUAAGAGUUCUUAGUUUUUCAGGAUCUAAUAUUGAAAUAUUACCUACUGAAUUGAAGCAGUUAAUAAAGCUACAAAUUCUUGACAUAAGUAAUUGCUCUAAACUUCGAGUCAUUCCUUCCAAUGUAAUCCAAUAUUUGAUUAGUUUGGAAGAGUUGUAUAUGAGAAGGACCCCGAUUCAAUGGAACAAUGGAGGAGAGAUAAGUCAAAGUGAAAAUGCUAGUCUUUCUGAGCUAAGGCAUCUAAACCAGUUGACAACUCUAGACAUAGAAAUCUCAAAUGUUGACCAUUUGUCUGAUAACUUGUUCUUUGACAAGUUAUAUAGUUACAAGAUUGUUAUUGGAGAUUUGAAGGCAUAUUUAGAGACAGACUUCAAGAUGCCAGAGAAAUAUGAAGCAUCAAGAUUUUUGGCAGUACAGUUAGAUAAUGGCUUUGACAUUCAUUCUCAAAAUGGUGUCAAAUUGUUGUUCGACAGAGUUGAGAAUUUGUUAUUAGAAGAUCUCAAUGGUGUCCAAGAUAUUUUUUAUAGAUUGAAUUUGAAAGGAUUUCCAUAUCUAAAACAUUUGUCCAUUGUAAGUAAUUCUGACAUUCAAUCUCUCAUCAACCCAGAGAAAAGAAAGAACAAUAUUGAGAAGGCUUUUCCUAAACUGGAGUCAUUGUAUCUCUAUAAUCUCAAGAACAUGAAGAAAAUUUGCUCAUGUGAACUUUCAACUCCAUCAUUUGGUAAAUUGAAAGUCAUCAAGAUCUAUCUUUGCAAUCAAUUGGAGAAUGUCUUCUCAAUUUCAGUGGUUAGACUUCUAAUUGUUCUUGAAACACUUGAAAUUUCUAAAUGUAAAUCUUUGAAGAAGAUUGUCCCUGUGCAAAUACCAAGUGCUAACAAAAUUGAGGGUCUUGAGUUUCCCGAAUUGCGCUCUUUGACGCUACAAUCUUUACCUCAAUUUAUUACGAUCCAGCCCUAUUCAUCUACAGGAGAGACCAAAGAACUUUUCCAUGAUAAGGUGUGUUUAACGCUAUCAUAG